AUGAAACCAUCUAAACUGCAAGAUCAUCUGAGAAGAUGCCACCCUGAUAAAACAGAGAAAGAUUUGGAAUACUUUCAAACACUCAAAGAUAAAUUUCAGAAGAGACCUACACUGGACAGAAUGUUCGCUUCGACGUCACAAAGAAAUGAUGAUGGUUUGCGGGCGUCUUACAAUAUCUCGUUACUUAUAGCAAAAUCCGGAAAACCGCAUACUAUCGGAGAGAAGAAGUGUGCUAAACAGAUCAAUUUCUUGUUCCCUUCCCAGGAGAGGCAGGAUCAUAACAGUCAUGAUGACAAGCAAUAUAUGAAAGUGAGCGACUUUGGUUUUUACAGGCCUCUCAAAUAUUCUAUGGGUUCUUCUGCCAGGAUACCACGAACUACUGGUGCUAUGAUGAAACGUUUCAGUUGUUCCUUCAUCCUCAUUCUAGCAGCAAAGUUUACGGCCGGUCUAACUAAAACAGGUAAUAAAAAUGCGUAUUUACCCAUUAUAGUAACAUUGAACCGCAUUGAAUUCGAAGCGAGACAACAAGGUUCGAGAGCAUUGACUUCACUGAACCAACGGCUGGUUUAUAAUUUGUCAAUCCAACUAAAUUUACCAUUAUUUUAUUCACUUCAAACUUGA